AUGUCCUCUGCCCUCGAGACCAGCUACUCUGACCUGGAAAACAGCAGCGACGUGUCCUUUUGCCUCACAGAUGAUGAGGGGAGUCUCAGCACCCUGCAGAUCCCUUCUCUCGCUGCCCCCAAACCUCAGCACAGCCCUGGGGGGAAGGGGGAAGAAGAGAAAGAGCGGAAGAGGCGAAGGGGGCGCACCAAGGUCAAGAACGAGGCUGUCCUUCACACCAUCAAAAAGACAAGGCGGGUCAAGGCAAACGAUCGAGAGAGGAACCGCAUGCAUAACCUCAAUGCAGCCCUGGAUGAGCUGCGGAGCGUCUUGCCCACCUUUCCAGAUGACACCAAGCUGACAAAGAUCGAGACCCUGCGUUUUGCCCACAACUACAUUUGGGCGCUCUCGGAAACCCUGCGACUGGCAGAUCAGUGCCUCCAGAAACCUUCCAAAGAAAUGGUGCUGCUGCCCAGCUACCUGAACCUCACAGACCCCCCCAGCCCAGGCAGCGAUGCAGGAUCCUGGAUGUCCACCGCCUCUCCAGCCACCUCAUCCCACUCUGCCUGCACAUCCAACCCCGGCAGCCCGGCCACCUCGGAAGACUAUUCCUAUGGGCGCACAGAGACCCUCUUCUCCUUCCACAGCCUCCCGAAAGAUUUGUUGCAGAGUCCUUCCUGCUUUGUGCAGUACCAUUAG